AAGGUGCAGGCAGUCACGUCAGUCAACCAACUCAACGUCAAUUUCAAUACAACAAGAACGAACAUAGAUUUCGUCUCUUCUGUUUACACGAAUUUUAUUAAAACAUUUCAACAAAAGCAUAAAAUCCUCGUUCAGAUUUUCAAUAUGUCUCUAAAAACAAAUUCGUGUACGUCUGUGUGUCGGAUUUGCCUUGCAAUUGACUCGCGUACUUUUCUACUAUCUGGAACCCACCUACAAUUAGUAUUUGAGAAAAUAACCAACACUGCACUUCACACACAAGACCAAAGGCCUGUAGCGGCUUGUUACCUUUGCUACCAUCAGUUGAAGAAGAGUUGCAAGUUGAUACAGAUGUCAACUAAAGCAGAGAAUAUUCUCACAGACAUAUUCAGUAGAUGUAACAAGAUUACAAGGCAAUCAAUUUCAUUAGUUCAACGACAUGCUGAUAAAAAGCUAUAUAGGUCAUUAUCCUUUUCCAAAAUUGAUUAUUGUGAUGUUACAAUACCUGAAAAAGUUAAAAUUGAGGUCAAGGUGGAAAGGGACAUUGAGAAAGAAAACAAAAUGAACACAGAAAUAUGUGACUCAGAAGAAGAUACAGAAGUUGAUGUUGGUUUAAAUGAUCCAGUGUCUUUAGGAUCAUUCAAUGUAAUGACACAUCACAUAAUAGAUCUAAAGGAAGAAGAGAAUCUGGAAGAUGGAGAUUUUGCUGAAACUAACGACAUUCUGAUAGAAAAUGAUCAAUAUUUGAUCCCGAUAAAAUCUAAAUCUCAACCUAGGCUGCAUAAGUGCAAUAUUUGUCCGAAAAGAUACGUGAAAAGAUUUCAUUUGUGGCGGCAUCUCAUGGUGCACACUGGCGAAAAACCCUUCAAAUGCAGAGUUUGCAGCGCAAAGUUCCGUACUAAAUAUCAUAUGGACAGACAUUUAAUAUGUAUCCACAAUUUAAAUAAGGAUCCCUAUAAAUGUGACAAGUGCGGUAGCAAAUUUCAAGACCGGAAUGAAUUAAGGAAACAUGUGAAGACACACAUUUUCGAAUGUGAUUAUUGUCAUCAACAAAUUAAAGUAAGGACAGAUUUCAUACAUCAUUUGAAAUCACAUAAAGAGAAAACUAUGAAUGAAACGAGAGCAAAAUUGCAGAAAUGUCCAUUUUGUGACGUUGAGUUGUUCGAGGCAGAGUUGAAGAGACAUACAAGAAUACACAAAAAGAACCGCAAUUGCUCCGUGUGCAAUCGACGUUUUAAGAAAUACUAUGAAUUGCAACAACAUUUUAGGACGCACACUGGAGAAAGGCCAUUUGAGUGCGACCAGUGUCACAAACGUUUUAUGACCAAACCGCAUCUGAAAAUUCAUUUAAAACUGCAUACUGGCGAGAAACCUUUUAAAUGUGAAGUGUGUGAGCUCUCAUUUAUUAGGCGCUCGCAAUUAAAUACUCAUAUGAGAACACAUACAGGUGAGAAAAACUUUGAGUGUUCUGUUUGUCAGCGUAGGUUUAGAUACAAACACAUCCUGGUUCUCCAUAUGAGAACACACACUGGUGAAAAGCCUUUCAAAUGUUCUGUUUGUGACAAGAGGUUCAUUGCUCGCAUGAACAUGUCAAGACAUAUUGCAAAAAUACACAAUGAGAAAAAAAAAAUUGUAAAUGAUUGACUUUUUGUGAUUUCGCAAGCAAUACUGAUUUAAAAGCCACAAUCAAAACUUUUUCACAUCUAAUAUGAAAAUAUAAUACCAUAUACCUAUAUAUGGUAUUUUUCAAAAACCUACAAACUACUGGCAUUUCGGAACGACUACAACUGCUGAGAAAAAUAUACAGCAGCCAAUUCUAAUAAUCUGUUUACAGUAAGAUAUAGACUUACUUACAGUUUGGAAACCAGGCAAGAAAAACCUUAGGUUAUCUCUAGGGCAGCGGUUUUCAAAGUGUUCGCGGCAAUGCGUCUACUGGAGUUCCACAAAAAUGUUGGUCAUAUGGAAAAUAAGAUCUCUUAGGAUUUAAUAUAAUUUCAUUAAUUGUGGAAAGUCAUUGUAAAAAAUGAAAUUGAACUCCCUCUAGAGCAACGGAUCACCGUUGCUCUAGUGGGCGGCCUCUUUGCGUUCACGGUUGUAACGGAUCAACGCAGUAUUACACAGUAUGUAUGUCAAUGUAUGUAAAACAUAGGUUACCUAUGUGAAACGACGUAGCUACAACGCUGCGUCGACGCAACACAACGUAACGGAGCAGUGAGGCUGCACACUUAGGUAGAUAGAAAAAGAUUUGGUUUUCAGUGUUUUUUAUUAGCAUUGACUAUAAUUUUAAAAGUUACAAACUACUGUAGUGUAAGCAAUGAACUGAUAAAUUAUAAUGUUUUUUUUUUAAUUUGACUGAUUUCAUAUUUUUCUAAAAUUUGACCACUGCUCAUUUACGUGAUGGUUGAUAUAAUUUAUAGAUUAUUUUGUAAUUAAGGUAAUUUAUUUGUUAGUAUUAAUUCAUUUUAUUCCCAUUAGAUAUUGUGUAAAAUAAUUUAUCUUUAGCUUAUAUUCUCGUUAUGGAUUUAAUAUAAAACUCGAGUAAUUAAAUAGGUAGAUCGAAUUAAAAAUAUAAUUUUUAUCAAAUACAAAUGUAUUAUUUUAAUAGUUUAUUGAAAUCAUUUAAUGUUAUAAUUGAUUCGCUUACAAUAUAUUGUUGUAAUUUUUAUUAAAAUGUAUCUUAUA